UAGGGCCUGGCAUGGAUGAAUACACCUGUCAGGGAUUCGAGCUUUCGCAGUCACGGGUCUACAAACCGAGGGCAGACAGAAACAAAAGCUGGUGUCACGAAAGCAACUACGCCCAAUCAUUCCCUCAGGCAUUUCCCGCCGAACCUGCGUGAGCUCACGUGCAUCAGCAAACGACAAGCAAAAGCUCAGUUUUGGAAAAGGGGAGCAUAUUCCACGCAUUAACUACACAAACAGGACAGCAUGGCACAGUUGAUGGCAGCAUUGAGGAGCCAGUUUGUAAGACAGACGACGACAAGAGGAUGGGCGAUGUCGGGACAUGGUAGACGUCUGCACUGUGUGACCGGAAACCGCAUCAUGUUAACCGGGGAGAGUAACGAACUACAACGUUCGGUCGUCAGGCGGACGGCCGAGAAUUACCGCGGAGGGCGGUCGUUUUGCACCGAGGCCAGCACCGAGGCGGUCCCACCUACCGGUGCCCAACAGCCGAACAGAGUAAGCAUGGCACAUUUGAUGGCAGCAUUGAGAGGCCAGGUUAGGCAGACGGCCCCACGAGGAUGGGCGGUGUUUGCACCCAGCAGUCACCAGUCUGCGACCAGCCGUUCCAUGUUCACUUCACACAGUAAAUUCCUCCAAUGCUCGCAACCGAUCGUCAGACGCACAGCUGGAAAUUGCCUCCAAGGACACUUGAGACAGUUUUGCAACAAGCCACCGACAGCGAACAGCACACAGGUGCAGAAGCCAAUAUGGCGGAGGACCUUCAGUCUACCGAGUCCAUCCUGCCUGUUUAACCUGUUUGGUUAUGGUGGUAUUAUUGGCUGUAUUGCGCUGGUCCUGACAGCAGUGGGCAUGUAUUUCGAAAUCCAGCGGAACAAGCUAGCACAUGUGAAUGACCAGCUCUCCAAAUUGUACGGUCCUCUGUACGGAAACAGGCAGGCAACGCGCAGGAUUUACACCAAAGUUCUUUCCGAUUUCUACAAGGAGGGAAAGGACUACGGCACCUUGGAAGAAUACCUGGAGGUUACCAGGGAGAAGUGGCUAGAUUCUGACGAAGAAAUCAAAGAACGAGGAAGGAAAAUGUUAACAAGAUGGCGCAGGUUCUUGUUAACCGUCAUACACCCCCUGGAUAAGGAGGCAGAAAAAAUCAUUCGCGCAAACGCGCAUCUCAUCGAAGACAGCGAAAACAACGCCGAGAUUUUCUGCAAGUUCAUCUUCCACGUCAAUUACGAGAAAUUCAUCGUCGCCAAAUGGGUGGACAGAGAUUUCGUGGUUGCGUUCCAGGAGAUGUACAGGGAUAAAGAUUUCGACUCCUGGAACAAUACGGGCACGUUGGACAAAGACACCGCCGACUCCAACCCGAUGCUGUUGGAGCUGGAAAAACACGUGGAUGAAACUUACAAGAUACUCGUGAUACGCCAGAAGAAGUUGACAGAAAACUGGUACAACCGCUAAACGGUAGCGGGCACUGAUGUGCUGCCAAGGAGAAAAACUCUAACCUUUGUGCUGGGACGUUGUCACUAGUAUUGUAGCUAUGUUCGGAGUAAGUUCUUGCAAUGUUCCCACUACUAUUAGUGUGUUCAAAGAUUUGAGACUUUUGAGUUUCAUGAUUUUUCUUACAUAUGUGUGGGAUGAAUUUAAAUGCUGCAAUCUUGUGUGUAUCGUGCUUACUAUGAUAAGGAAACACCAUUUGAGACAAGUUAGUUUAUUCACCAUUAACAUUUAUUGCUCUUCGCUGUUUUUCAAACAUAUCUUGUAUUACAAGAACCACCAAAGAGAAAUAUUAUUCAAAAGCAGCAAAAGAAACACAACUAUGUUAACAAAAUGUCAAAAGAAAAUAUUCUGAAAGAAAUUAACUGAAAAAACAACAUUUCUGAAACUAUUUGUACACUUAGUUGCUCAUAGUUACACUCUGUAUGCAGUGAUUAUGUUCAUUUCAGUAAAUAAAAGUUGAUAUAAAUACACACUGUAAUAGUGAUGCUCCAUUUCAUACAAUCUACAUGUAUUUUGCAUAAUGUUGCUAUGAAAACAAAGUUUAUUAUGUCUGGUGAGAGGACACACAGUAAAAUAUACACAAUGGAAGACCAAUAUCAAUUAAUACCUGGAUCAUCCAUUCAGAACAUACAAAAUUACCACCAAAGUACACAAGGCAUUUAAUAUGUAACUUUCAACCCCAUGAAGAAUAAAAAGACAGACUAGCUAAGAACUACAGCCACUAUUCUAACCCUACAUCUUUUUUGUAUACAAGAGUACAUUAUUUCCAAAUAUACACAUCUCUUUAUUAUUUUUGUCCUUUUUGUGAAAGUUUUUGGAACCUGGCACUUUCAGUAUGUACCUU